UUCCCAUGCUCUCUCUGAGUGUGUAGUUUGUUAAUAAUGAGAGCCAGCUGAGUGAGUUCCAACUGCAGUGACAGUGUAGCCCCCAGCACUCUGUGUGGACUGACCAUGCCCACCAUGUCCUGUAAAUGCAGGGUACCAGUCACCCUCAUCCUGCUGAUGGUCUAUUUCUGCUAUCUGCUGGUGGGGGCUGCUGUCUUCUGGGCUCUUGAGAGCAAGGCUGAGGUGGACCAGUCCCUCAUCUUCAAGCAGGAGAAGUGGGAACUCCUGAAGAACCACACCUGCAUGGACAAUGACACAUUGGAGCAGUUCAUCAAGGGUAUCAUCGCUGCCUAUAAAAAUGGAGUGAGCAUUCAGGAAAAUGAUACCAGCCUGGAGACGUGGAGCUUUGCGGGAUCCUUCUUCUUCUCAGUGACCGCUAUAACAACAAUCGGUGCGUACGGAAUUAGCUUUGACCACAGCACUGACUCCAUCUGCCCACGAAAGGCCACGGAAAGUUACGGGAAUAUUAGUCCGGCGACUGUGGGCGGUCGGAUCUUCUGCAUUUUCUUCGCUCUGUUUGGGAUUCCACUGAACUUGAUUCUUCUGAAUCGGAUUGGGCAGAGAAUGCUCGCCGCAGUGCACAAAUGUGCAAAUCUACUGGAGGAAAAAAUUCAUCAGCAGACAGCAAAGAUCUUGGCGUAUUUCUUUGCUCUUGUGAUGGGUCUCCUGCUGUUUUUCCUGCUUCCACCGAUACUCUUUAAAGGCAUCGAAGGAUGGACGUACGAGGAAGGAUUUUACUAUGCCUUUAUCACCCUCAGCACAAUAGGCUUUGGAGACUACGUAAUCGGGCAGGUUCCUGAUAAACAAUAUCCUGGCUGGUACAGGAAUUUGGUAUCCGUAUGGAUUCUCCUUGGCAUGGCGUGGCUGGCAUUAGUUAUAAACCUUUGUAUAAACUUACUAGAGAGUUACAGUGAGGUGAUCCACUGCUGCAGGAAGAAGGAGAACAAAGUGAUGGACUCAGAGCUCAUGGACAUUGUCCACGGAGGAAGUAUGCCAACUGCACCAAAAGAGAAAGCGGAUGUAAAGGACACAUUGGCUGCACUAAAGGAAAAAGAGGCCAUGAAGGACGCACUGCCUAUGCUAAAGGAAAAAGAAGAAGUAAAGGACACAGCUGCGAUAAAGGAGAAAGAGUACAUGCUUAGUGUUAUUGAUACAAAACUAGAGUCUCCAGACUGAGAGGCCUGCACGGACGGUUGUACGAUCAUAAUUUUAGAAAAAAAUACUUUGGUUAAUGGAAAAGGGUCAAGGAUUUUUAUUAGACAAACAUUGGUUAUGUGAAUGGGGUCAGGAAAUUCAACUCAUCUGAACAAAAUAUAAGCAGCAUAUGGUUGAAUCCAGGAUCCAGAGCUUGAGAAACGCUAUCGACAUAGUCCAGCGCUCUUAAUAAACUAUCUUUUAUCCAUGUUAAUCAUCUUUCAUACAGAUCAAAAAAACAAGAACACAUCGGUGAUAAGAAUAUCAGUUAGUUUGACAUAACUUAAGUAAUUAUUGCCAAAUGAAGGCACCAAACAAGUUCAUUAGCAGAAGGACCUCUUCUUCUGGCAGAUCUUGUGUUGAAUUCCACCAAGAAAAGAGAUAAGUAUGGUUCCAGUUUCUCCUGAUCAUCGGAUUGUUAUCAACCACAAGACGAGGAAUGAUAAGCAGCACAAAGGAUUAUCUACAGUAAACACAAUUGUUAUUUCACUGUAAGGUUACACUUGUUUGUGGCUUGGUAAUGACACAAGUGGAGUGUUUGCCCGGGAUUCAUAGAGUGACUUAAUGUUAUAUAUUGUAUACACAUUUUUUAUAUUUUCUACUAUUUGAAAUAUAUUGACUUUAUGCAGCAAGUUAGCCAAUGUCUUAUUUCUCUUUUCUGUGAUUUUUUUUUACAAGCUAUAAGUGUUUGAAAUAACACAGGCUGUUUCCAUUGAUGCUUUGACAAAGGGAAUUUCCAGUUAUUUUGUCAUCGGAACUGAGAAUGUCCAUUAUAAAAUGAUGGUAAAAGGUAAGUUAUAACACCAUACAGUACUCGAACUAGAAACAUGCAAUGGCAACUAGACACCAAAGGCAAUACAAAGUAUUAUAACAAUAUACAAUCCAGGGUGUAAUAUUUAAAUAAUGUCCUCAGGGGGAUUUUCAGCAUGUGCUCUCACUCAACAAUUAUCGUCGGAAAGACAAGGGAGGGGAUAUGAUAGAAUGUGUCAGCAGGGGAUGCAGAUAUGGACCACCAGGGAAUGUAUGCCAGCCAGCAGCAGCACAGCCUGGCCCACCAGACUAGGCAGUAAACUCUCUGCCCAAAUAAUGGAGGCAGGGUUGCAGGCAGGGUACAGGGGGAGACAGUAAAA